GAAAUUUCCUUCAAAAACGAAUUCCAGUUCUGCAUUGUCAAAACCGAAUUCUAAAUUUAGGCAGAGUCAAGACCGUGCACUGAUCAAGCAAGUGUCUCUGACUCGUAAGCAACUUGAACGUAGAGAAACAUCCAUGGUGAAUUUAGUGCCCGCAUCGAAAUCUCCAUGGUGAAUUUAGUUCCGACCGCGGUCCGCGUGCCUGAGGGCAGCGCGGAUGAAUUGCGAGACAUUUUCGGCGCCAUCGCACAGAAAAUUCCGGAACUACCAGCAGCGCAAACCGGAAAGUUAUGCAUUGAUUGUCUUCGUAGCAACUCAUACAUACUACGCUCUCCUUUGAUACGCAUUCAUUGUGUACGUCGCAGCGUGGCUCAAUUUCAGCUUUAAUCAUGAUUCAUUUUUGUCGUUGACGUUUUAUUUCUAGUAGCAGAAUUGUUCUACCUUGUUCAUAUCACGCUGAGCAGGAAGCUGAAAGGAUAAAGAUUCUGUCGCACGAAAUUUUUCUGCAGUUGGGCAAAAAGCUAGUGCAGGAGCACGGGUUCGGUUGUUACGACCUUGUUGUUAAGGGACCGAUUUAGCAAUAGCACAGUAAAAAAUCAACUACAACAUCCUCCAGCACUAACAUUUUUGGCUUCUUUUCAAGUACCGGAAAAGAAGGCAGGGAUGUUCUUCUGGAGCAUACAAACGCACCCUCCUCCAAUGUCGGGCCACUAUUUCAAGUCGAACUACAUCAAGAGUUUCGCAAGAGGGUCGCGGAACUCGAAGCUCAGGAUCUGAAGACACAAGACCUGCUAGAUGAGGCUCAGGGUGACCUGCUAGAUGAGGAAGCGCCAGCGGUGGAAGCAGAGCCGGUCGUCGCAGCAGAAGUGGCUGGUAUGAAGAGGAUCUAAGGAGAUAGAGAUACUGAAAGUUAUCGUGUAUGAAGAGGAGCUAAGAAGAUAGAGAUACUGAAAGUUAUCGUGUAUGAAGAGGAGCUAAGAAGAUAGAGAUACUGAAAGUUAUCGUGUAUGAAGAGGAGCUAAGAAGGUAGAGAUACUGAAAGUUAUCGUGUAUGAAGAGGAGCUAAGAAGGUAGAGAUGCUGAAAGUUCGUGUAUGAAGAGGAUCUAAGAAGAUAGAGAUACUGAAAGUUAUCGUGUAUGAAGAGGAUCUAAGAAGGUAAAGCCCAUACUGGUCACAAGAUGAUUUACUCACAUAGUUAGAGUCACAGUUAGUUCAUAUUCCGAGACGACGAAGUGGGGGGACGGGAUAAUGCGGAGGAAAAUGACCGUGAGCAGAGGAUACGCGCAGCCAUAUACGGUGACAAGAAAUAUAGCAUGGUGAUGCAGACUGCAAACGGUGACGCGAGGCCAAGUUACUGCACCAAAGCGAUGGUCUCGCAGCGGCAAGAGUAUUUGUUAUUGUCCACUUUCAAAGUUGGCUGGAAACGCUUGUUGUAAUCGUAUUCUUCACUGUAAUAAAUAUGGUAUUCAUAGUACCCAAGUUCACACCACUGUCGUAGUGAAGACCUUUACCACAUCUAUCUUCAUCCGCCUAUCUCUGACCAGGCGACAACGAGAAGAAUAUGCUGGACCUGGGAUAAAGAGAUUAGCUCUGAACAUGGAGAACGUCCAAAGGGAGUUUUAUCGAAUCUUCUCCCACUUCGCUUUAGAGUCAAAGGCGAUAUAUCCAGAGCUUUUCCUUUUUCAAGACGAUGUGGAACUGAGGAGCAAGACGGUACUUAGAUGAACUCAUAACUGUUCUUGUAGACGUAGACCUUAGAACAAGCGACAUCACGGCAGAAGCAAGUAUCCAUAGUAUUUGUGCAUUUUGCCAUUGUCUACCAUGACUUUUCAGGCUACUGCUCGUCAUCCAAAUUACAUUCAUGGGAACUAAAUAAAGUUACAACAACCAUUCAUCAAGAUACAACAACCACCCGAACACAAAAAACCAGCUAGCGCCGAUGAACCAAAUCUUGAUGGGUACAAUGUUGCGUUUUCGAGGUGAUGUUACGCGUGUCAACGACCCCGUGAGAGGGAUGCUGGUGUACCCUGACGCUCCGGCACUAUAUAAUGCCUUGGACAUUCUCUUAUGAAGGCAAGGAAGAGUUAUUUUUUUUGAUUGUACUAUCACUGCUGGUGCGUGUGCUGUUCAAUCAUCUCUUACACAUUGAAUCUCUGCAUCAAUUUUGUGCCUCAUCAUUUCUAACCCACAUUGAGUUUACUAAUUGUACUAGGGAACAAUAACUAUCAACUUCUUCUUGAUACGAAUAUUAGCCUACGACUACUUCCUAAAGAACUUACUAUCACAACUUCUUCUCAAUAGCUUCCUUCUAAUCCUCGUCCAUAAAACACCUAACCUGCGAAAAUCUGAUUGCUAUAUCGUCCGCGUCGACGAUCCUAAUAGUAGGCCUAUGCCGUUUGCGAAGAGUCCAUCUUCUCCUGGCGGCGAUGAGUCGCUGUCUCUGGACAGACCAGAUUUUUCGGAGGGGGACACAUUCCAACAAUUCAACACUUCAAUGAUGACGAAUCGGAGUAUAAUUUCUGUUUUAAACUACAGUUUGCGAGAUUGGUCUUUGAGUUUGAGUUUGUAGGUAGGUACUACUAACUUUGAUAGUUGUUUGAGUUUUAAGAUGAUGAUGUUUUGUUCUGGGAAGUGAUUCAGAGAUCAUUACGAUGUUGAUAGCCUAAAAAUGAAGAUGAAGGUGGUAGUUUCUUCAGACGACACGCAUCAAACAAUUGCUAAGAAAGUUGUAAGGUGGUCAUCUCAUAAUUUUUCUUUUUCAGCUACUGGGAGUCAAUACGCGACGUUGAGCCGUAUGCAGAAAGACAAAGGGCUAGUGCGGAACCCUGUCAGUGGGAGCCGGAGUCAAUUCGCACAAAGGGGAGGUGACCCAGUGCCGACGCAGAGUCAACUUGCGAGUACACACCUUAGUAUGGAUUCGCCACUGGACUCGCCUGGGGAUGAUGGAGUAGCCCCGUUAUGGUGAUACUCGUAGUGACAGGAGGAAACUAGUAAGCACCUAGCGGCUGGUUUUCUUCAGUACUACAGUAAAACUAAUUUGAGAUUGGGUUCAGCGUGAUUUUCAUAUAAGAUCCAAAGUGCCUUUUCCUAAUAAGAAUAAAAAUCGAGGCCCUUGCUCUAAAACUGACUACAGAAAUAGGAUCACCACGCUACUUUGUUGCCGUUCAUGUUGUAUCAAUAGUACCAUAAUCAACGUUGUAUGUGUAUAUCUGGUUUCAAUUUCUUUCAUAUCACCCACCGGGAGGAGCAGCAAUGAUGGAUGAUUUUGGCGGGUCGGGGCAGAAACAGGUUGUCGCCUACGAGCCUUCAGGCGGCGACUUCAAACCGAUAUCUGUGUAUCUGUGCAUUUUAUGGGAGAAAGAACAGACAGAGACGACGAUUUUUUGACUCCUAUCUCUCUCCUUUUUAAUAAACAACAUUGAAGAUGAGUUUUCGGAUAUGAGUAGAGAGGGAGACAAAAUUCAUCCUCACAACUCACAACUACGAAACCCUCCCUAUUGAAUAGUAUCCAGUCUACUUACAUCCCCACCCCACGGCGACGAAGCCUCCUCAUAGUACCUCAACCGUCCCUCUUCGGUCCACUUCUCUAAGCAUUGCAGUUCACGUCUGCAAGAUUACGUUGUAUACGGAGCCAGCGUAUUUGCAGUUCCAUAACGGGGAUGCUAAAGACAAAAUGCUUGAUCUCAUGAUUCUAGCAGGAACUAUGAACGAUGAAAUCUUAGUCGGAGAGACUUUGGAGGUACAUUUUCUUGUUUGUUUGUUUUGAUGCGCUCCGGGCGACGCGUACGAUCCCGCCGGAUUUCUUUGUGCUCUGUGUGGGGUGCAUUUUCUGCCUAUUUAUAAGUUAUAUGAAAUAGGCACGCCAUGAAUUGAAUCGCUUUAAUAUGGUGUGCAUCUUCUUACAUUAUGUGGUGUUAAAGAACCUGAAGAAAUCAGAAGCUGUCCCGUACAUCAUGACUGCAUUUCCACAAGCUUCUAUCUACAACUCUUUACAGCUCGUGCACCGUCGCUGGCCAGACGCGGUGACACCAGCAUAUAACGGAGACGCAGCUCCCACAGUGGUGCACCAAAUAGCAGCGAAUGGAAAUGCAGUGCUUCUCGCAACCAUGUUUCAGAAAUAUCCCAGAUUCAUGAGGUAUUCUACGACUUCAUGAGCAGUUGUUAUUAUCUCCAUAGUGUCUAACCGCAUCAUGACGAUGACUGGAUUCGAACUUCUUCUCGAAGCUUCUCCGCCAAGUCACCUUCAUGGUCUACCACAAACCACAAAAACACUCACUCACUUCAACAGCACAGCACCCAAUCCUAUCAAAUCCCAACAUCCUUACUACAGUUCUAUGCUGGUGACCCCGGAUGCAGGUGGGGCUUUGCCAUUCAUGGUAGCAGUGUAUCACCAACAACUCAAAACGGCUGUGUUGCUGUUUCGAGCCCUAGUGGAACUAGUGAAGCAUCACGUUCAAGAAGCGGGCGGUGCUAAUGGAGAAGGAUUAUGUUCAGUGGAGUGUUAGAGUAAGUAAUGUGGUAGAAAUAUUUAAAUUUUGGUCCUCGUAGGAUUAUGGUGAGUCGACGCCUGGAAGAAAUGUACUUAGAAAUAUAACAAGUUUUAGUGGAUGAAUGUUGGGUAAGGAAACCUUUUUUUUUUAUCUUCAAAAUCUAAACGUACUAAGCAGGAGUCGCUCAAAAUAGAAAGGGAAUUGUCAGUAAGGAAAAAAUCUAGAGUUCUUUCGCCUCUAAGAAUCGCCAAGGGAGCUAAUGGAGGGAAUAUGCAUCCGGUGUUGCAGACUCUAGUCGCUUUCCAUAUGAGGUCAGUCGAACAAGGAGAGGGCGGCCGCAGUCUACCGGAUUCGACCGGAAAGAAGGAUAAGAAUUAUGGAAGUUAUAACUCUGAAUUGAGGUGGACCAUCGUUCCGCUAGUAGAUGAUGUUCCUUUCGAUUUUCAUGUUAGUGCAAAUGAGAGAUGCCACAUUCCCAUCGUUUCUCAGCGAGAUGCCCCAAAAAGUCAAUGGAUUCCCUUUCAUUCGUCAAAAUCCGCUGGCCGAGAGGAGAUAGUGGAUUCAUCAGGCGUCCUCAGCGAAAUGUGGUAUUGCGCAGAUUUUGUGCUGGACAAGCUGUCACAGGGAACCUUCCCGAUGAUCCCCAUAGAGGAAGACGAAGCGGCUCAUGCGGCAAAAGUGAAGAACCUGCAAGAACUGUGGACGCUUUUUGGUUAAGGCAUCGAUAUUGGCUGUUUGGAGGAGGUUAGAUGGCAGCUUAGGGAGAUGGCAGCUUAGGGAGAUAUUGUUUGAUGGCAGCUUAGGGAGAUAUUGUUUGAUGGCAGCUUAGGGAGAUAUUGUUUGAUGGCAGCUUAGGGAGAUAUUGUUUGAUGGCAGCUUAGGGGAGCUAAGAGUUAAUCCCCCUCAUUAGGGCCAUCUCGGCAUUGAAUACCUCACCCAUCUUCUAACUCCCCGCACUCGGUUUCGGUACCGCGAACAACGAUCGCCUGAGUGCUGCAAUAGAGUCGGAGUUGCUGCAAUUAUGCACCUUCUUAGCCUUGAUCAAGGCGAGGGACGACCAGAAACGAACUGCGCUUAUGCUCGCCUGUCGGAGAAAAACGGCGAUUCAUGAGGGCAUCGUUAAAUUCAUCUUGUUAUGGCCAUCCACUCACUUCCUUAAGUAACUUUACUUUAUCAAUUGACUAUGAGGUGCUGCACGACUAGAGCAAUAAGUCUACUUGUUUCAAGAACUUCUACCCUAAUUCAAGAACGCUGCCGAAAUUAGUUCGGAUUCUCGCGAAGCCAUAAAUAGGAUUACCUUGCUGGAAUAACGCUACAACACCUUCUCACAAGAUUGAAGAGUGCAAACCUUCUCCUCUAAUCAGAGAACGCGUACCGGAUUGUGAGUUGAAUGCAGUGGAUAGUAUGGGGAAAUCCGCAGUGGACUACGUAAUGGAGUCGUCUUCCACAUCGAGUGCGAAGUUGUUGAUGGACUACUUAAGGCUAGUUUAUAUCACUAUUCCAUGUGGACGAUUCUGAGUGAAGUCCCCCGCGAUUCAGAGGGGAAAAUAAGGGUGAAUAAGGGGAACUGACUCAGCCAGGGAUAGUGAAAGAAUACCUGUAAACCACGCAGCUAAAGACGCGAAUGGCCAGGACGUGCUGCUAAGAGCGACAUUGGAGAACAACGCACAUAUUGUGCAGUUCCUGCUCAGCUACCAAGCAAGUUCACAGUCGGCAAAUGGUAUCGUUGCAAAUAUACCUUUUUUUUUGUUAGAGUGAGGAUGAUAAAAUACAGUUCGCGUGAGUGACUAUAUGGUACGUGUUACUUGCUGUAGAAGUACAACACUAGCAGUGCUUCUCAACAAAAAGAUCAGUAAAAAAAUAACUUUCAACAACAACAUACUCAUUUGAGUCAUGCCUUCACAACUGUUCAUCUUUACGUCAACGUCUCUUGUUCUCCCUCAGAAACCGACGCAGCUGGUUGGGCUGCUGGACAGAAUCUGUGGCUUCUGCGAAGGGGCGCUCAAGCCCAAGGCACAUUUUGCACAUGUUUUAUUCCAGCGAAAUGUCAGGAACUCAAAGUGCGAUAUCCCCUAAUUUUUGGCAGAACCUUUCCUCAGAUCAAAAGUCUGGUUAGGGAUCCGAACGCAGGCAAAGUGCUGGAAGAGUACUUACUGUACAGAUGAUGAAUUUGAAUGAGUAUUCAGCUUUAGUACUAUGACGUUUAGUCAAGUUAAGUACCCAGCAUGGGAACAAGAACAACUCUCCUCUUGUUAUAAUUAAAUGCAGCUACCGAUCUCUGUGCGAAAGGCUACAGAAGGAGGAACUGGAACGGAGUGGAAAGAAUGUCGCAAUCAUCGCCAUCCCGCAAAAUCCGAAGGGCGAAUCACUUGGUGCGAUGACCGGUUUAGAUGGUCUAGUUAAGGUGCCACCUUUUCACUCGUAACGUAAACUUUACUUAACUCGUAACACAAAUUUAUUUUACUCGACACCUACAGUACUCGACAGUUAGUGGAGUGGACACGACCUCUAAUCUAGACAUCUUUAUGGGCCGCAUCCAGUGCUGGAUAUGCAAGAAGAGGCACACGGGUCAUGAGUCGUGGCUUGGACCGGUAGCCUUGACCCUGAAACUAGACGGCGAAGAGGGGAACGAGCAGGAUGAGGAUAACCUACUAUUAAGACUUGAGGUUGAGACAAAGGAAAUCUUAGGCACCUUGCCGAAUGAUCUAUUCAAGUCGUGAGCGCUCAUUCCCUGCUCGUAGAUGAGCAUACUCCUAUCAUAUCCUAUGCAAGUUAUCAAGACUUUAGACGAAGCCAAAGACAAUUGAUUGUUCGCAAACAAGUGAAAAGGAACACCAAGAAGAUCCUAAGAAGAUGCUUCUGCUCAACAGCGUGCAGGGUUCUUGAGCAUGUCUUUCUCUAACGGGAGCUCAAGCAGAUGCAGCGAGGAAGAAGGAGGAGGGUGGAAGCUUCCCGUUCAAGGCAAAGCCGGGAGAACAAGAGGGCGGUCCGCCUGUCUUGCGCUUAUUCAUGCACCACGCUUGCUGCGUUGGCCUCGAGGAGCAUCUGAAAGAAGAAUUAAGGCAGAUACCAUUCAUUGAAGGCAGAUACCAGCAUCUGAAAGCGGAAUUAAGAAGCCUAGAGAAGGCUUUUCUGUACCUAUCUUGAGUGAUACUGAAUUAGACUCUGAGUUGUUUUCGUCGAAACAUUUGAAAUUUGAACUCUUUGCUCUUGGGUAAUCAGUACAUUCUAUUCACAACUCUAAAUCAAGCAGCUCGAAAGAACAGUGGUAGUAAGGGUUCGCUGUCGCUUACGAUGGGUGGCGGAAGAGGCUCCAUACCACCACCGAGAGCGCGUGCGUUGUUGCGGGAUGCGCGAGACUUCGAACGCGAGCUAGCGAACGUUCCAGGUGGUGGUGGACGAACGUGGAAGACUAGUCGUUAUGCUACCUCUAUCUUUUUCAAGUAGAGAAUAUGAUCCAAUACAGCUGGGUGACAACUUGUAAUUAAUAUGUUUGUAGUAGGCUUCGUGCUGCCUUUACGCGGCACCGCACUAGUUACAUCCAGUGAAUAUAGCUCGUAGAGUUUCUUGGUUCGUCUUGAUGUGGGUCAAAACGAUGAUACUUUUUCCGCUGCGUAAGAAUAAUGAAGAACUACACCGUCUUCAUUUUACUGUACAUGAUAGGCUACUGCGCUCUAAGAGUCGGGUCUCGAAAACAGCGGGCUUAAGGCGCCGAGCUACGCUCCUGCCGGUGAAAAUUUAGGGAGCCUCAAAGCCGGCGAGUACUCAGUUAGAUAAGAGGCUGCUGAGUAUCUUCAACGGCACAACUUGAGAGGACUCUCUCGCAACAUAUGAUGUGAAUGCCCAUACUAGUAUACUUCGUUGCGUCUACGGUAUCAGUUUUUUACCGUCAUGAUAAGAAAUCAAAAGACGUCUUUUUGAGUGGUUAUAAGAAAAUUUUCGAAUACUAGUGAAUACAAUGCUUCAACAAUGCAUAAAUUUGUUCCGUGCUCGAUGUAGGACGGAAGAAAAAUCUGUUUUGUUUUUUUUGUUCUUGAUUUUUACUGAAUAGCGUGAUAAUGAUAUUGUUUUGAGUCUUUCGCACAGAGAUCGAUCGAUGAAUUUUAGACUACUAGUCAAGAUAAGGCUAGAAAUGAAUUGUACAGAUACCAAAAUCGCACUUAUUUUUCGCCUCACAGUAUCACAGAAAUUAAAUGAACAAGUAACAGAAUAUCUAUGUCAACAACGCACUCAGGGAUCGCAUGGAGCCCAGUACUCUCACCUUAUGCUGUAAAUCAAUGUACUUCAAGUUUUUUCGAGCUAUUACAACAGGGCAUUAUUUUUCAUUUGCGUCAAUGAACAUUAGUAUCAUCCUCAUCCGGUUUUUAGUGCUUAUUAUAUCUUCCAAUGAUAUUCAAAAAAGAUGCACCAUCUUACAUAAUGGAGCUACCUAUGUUUCAUCACGCACUGCGUACUACCAGCCUUUUCACGUCAAGCAGAGGCAUUAUUGACGGGCAUGGUGAAGGCUACAUGAUGUGCUGUCAUUAUUGAAGUUGCAG